AUGACGGGUGGAAAACCGACUGUGGCUGCGCUCCUUGAGACGCUUCGACAAGCAUCAAGUACUGUGGUUGCCCUUCGUAUCAUUGAUGAGGCAAUUCACCUUCUCGUUGCCACCUUUUCACUUGCAGAAGCGCAAAAUCUCGUCUUUGGAUUGCAGCAAUGUAUCAAAACUCAUCGUCACUCUAUCGAAUUGACUGAAAGCUUGCACGAGAAACUACAACAAGCUGCAGCUAUUUGCAAUGAACCAGUCAGUAAAGCUGAGUUUCUUGGUUUCGUACUCUUCCAGCAAUGUGUUUCCUUACUUAAGACUCAUGAAGUGUCUGCUUUGCGUGCAAUAUUGUACAAAACCCUGCACACCAACCACAACGUGCUAUCUGGUUAUUUGGCAGCUCUUACAGCUGCUGAUGGACCGAUUUUCAGUCCUCAAGUCGACAUUGAGCGAGUUAAAAAAACACUAGAGCUCUACUCAACUAUCAUCAAAUCAGUGCUUAUCGAUUCAUUGCAAAGUGAUGGCCGUAAGACGAGUGUACUUGCUGCUAUGGCUUCGAUAACGUGGCAAUUUGAUGACAAUAUAACGAUCCAGACAGCUGCUACACUGAUGCUGGUUGAAGCCUUGGAGCUUGUUCCUCAAUCACAGCUCACUCAAGUCGCGUAUACAGCGCACGUAGCGUUGGUCGUGGACAUUUUGACUUCAUUUAGCUUUCAGAGCAAGGAAAAUAUUAUGCUUGCAGCACGAACAGCACGAUUUGUUCUGGUAUCAGUGCAACUUUUGAUUGAAAAAGACGUUGGCGUCUUAGCUCUGUUGCAAUAUUUAAAGCAGUUGGCACGAAAUAUACCCGAAGCCCUCUGGUGCUCGGAAUUUCUCACUUUGACUGCGUAUUUUCUGACAAACCAGUGUAAGACGUUUUUUGAACAUCAGUUAAUGCUGAAAGUGCUGCAUUAUAUCCUACAGUUUGAACGAAAUGAACGUUUGAAUCACCUGGAAAGUCGAAGUGUCUAUGUGGAGAUUCUUGUGCUACCUCUAUCCUCGUUGCUCAAGAGUCAUGGAAGGGCGGCAACGGAGCUGCUUCAACAGGUGAUUGUGAUCCAAUCGAAAGGCGCUUUUCAAUACAAGCAAUCGAUUUAUUCCAAUGCGCCUUUGACGGAAAGUGCCGCUCAUGCUCGUUUAGCUGUACAGCUGAUUAGUGACGAAGAGAGUUGUCAGCGGUGGCUGGACUCAUUGUUUUCGUCUGAAGAUAGUGCACUUUCGAUGACUGUUUCAACUGCAAAUAAUUGGCUUGCGUUAAUUUUAGUGGCAUUGCUAUCGGAUCCACGAUCUUCUAUUCAGAAUUGUGCUGAAAAAUGUUUAGAGCGCCAAGUGCGUCAGAGCCCUAAAUUUUGGGAUUGUCAUACAACAAACGCACUCGUGGCAAGUAUACUUUUUCUCGUAUCUCAACAAAAAUCUGUCACUCUCAGAUCCGGACAAUGGAUGACUUCGUGCUUAUAUUCAUUAGCAGGACUAGCGGCUACAACGACGGAAACUAUGCGAAUCAUUCUGCGUCUCAUUGAUCAGAUGAAUCACACGGUUAACAUGCGCUCGACGGCGAUCAUGCUCUUGUAUCAGGUGUAUCUCACAGAAUCACGUACUUUUCCAAGGUUGGAAACAAUGCUGCUCGAGCCCAGCUCACCUGAUGACGAUCUUGAGCGUCAUAUCAUUCGAAUGUCAUUAAUAAAACGAUUGUGCGAGAAAGAUUCGGAAGUGGGUGUGCAGUUUGUCUCUAUUAUACAAGGAUAUCUAGAAGACGAGCUGGAAUCUGUGGCCUCCAUGGCUAUGGAUGCCAUUACGGCCUUGUGUCAAGGUGAUUGUUUGGACUUUUAUGUUGCAUUUAGAAUCAUUGCUCAAAAGGUGCGCAAGAACAAAAUUUGCUGCGCUGACAAGCCAUUGUUCCAAGAACGUCUAUGCGUAUUUUAUUCAAAUGGUUGUGUAGAUUACACUGGUAAUGAAAGAUAUACAAUUGAGUUGCUUCGCCAGACGUGGGAGUUUGUCGAAAAUGAAUUCCCAAAUGUACGAAAGGCUGCAUACGCAGCGAUGAACAAGUUUCCAUUGCAAAUGGUAGGACUGUGCGUGCCACCUGAUAACAUUGAUGAGCAAGAAGGUGAGGAUGGACAUCAAACGUUAGAAGAGAAAGUUGAGGAGCAAUGCGAUAAAUUAAUGCGUCGACUUGAAAGUGAAAAUGAUACCGAUGUCCGACUUGAGAUUGAAACACUGAUUUCGAAAGUUAUCGAGCACGAGGGAAUGAGACUCUCUGUUGUAGCUGGACGAGGACAGCGUAGACGGCAAGAUGGCUCUCAACAAAUGACUUCAAUUGCAUUUGUUUCAGCUGCAGCAACUAAAGAGAUAAAGACUCUUUUCCCAUCGAGUGCAGAAGUACAAUCCAAGACAUCAUCUUAUGCGGAUGUCAGUGGUUAUUUGAUGACUUAUGAGCCAAAGGCACUAGUUGAUAUGACACUCGGCAAGCGAAAAGACAAACUUGUGCGUCUUGCGACGAAAAAUGUUCAAGAGAUACUGGAAACUGUCACCCAGGUACUUAAUCGAAUGAACCUUCCGUGGGAAUCAUCUUCUAAGGAUGCAAAUGAUUGGUGUGGGGUAUAUUUGAGUACUCAUGCUUUAAUGGAAGGAUGGUGGCGAUUCAUGGCAACGUAUUUGUCUGCACUGGACGUAUUGACAGAGCUUAAAACACCAGCUGGAGUCGAUGACGCGGAUGUCGCUUUUCGUGUGUUUACAGAGCAGGUGACUCUUUUGUUGGAUUUGUUAUUGUGCGAAUGUCCAAACAAAAUAGGGGGCCAAGUGGCUGCUGGUGCAUUGAUCGGACAAAUGUGUUCCUCAAAACAUUGGAAGAAUCCACAACUUCGUCAAAAAUGCGUCGACAUAAUUCACGACUUUUCACGAAAACUUGCUUUGUCGAUUGAACAAUCACGGGUAUUUUCAAGCUACGAAAGUGAUGAUGAAAGCUCAAAGCUCGGAGUUUUACUUGCAAUUCAGCUUUCUCUCGGUCGACGAAAGACUGGUUCGAGAGAAGACGAUGCCAGCUUUUAUCAUUUACUUGAAGAGAUUCAGAGAUUGUUUAAGAAUGUAUCCAUAAGCUCGUCGGACGAUCUGGUAGUCGCGUUCGCAGUCUUGGGUUUAAGUCACGUCGCCACUCUCUACAUGAAUGGGGAAGAGUUAGAAUCGUCCAAAUUGAUCCACUGGAGACAGCAUCAGGUAAAAUUGAUUGCUGACCAUAUUUUCGAACGAUUGUUUGGCAAAAUGCAGCACAAUUUGCCUGAAGAGACAAUCUUUCCUUCGUCUAUAGCGAUCGAAUCAACUACUUUUGAAAGCAGCUUUAACCAAAGUUCACCUCAUAUUCUUGUGCAAUGGGCAUCAUUUACGGGUUUAGCACGAUUAGCUAGCGGAUUCUCAAGCAUUCAACGUGUUGAUUGGCUCAAUCACGUGCAAAACUUGCUUAUAAGUGUUUGGAAGUCGAAUACAUCUGCUAAUGUGACGGCAAUUGCAUUAGGACCUGUUUUACUUCAUUGUGUGCACCACAACCUGGUUCAGUCAGCAAGUUUAGAGCAAUUCGUAGCUGAUGCUAUUGAACGUGCUGCCACCUCAAACGCUAAUAGUCUUGACCGUGGAUUUUUAAUGAUGUCAGUGGCGCACAUAUUGUGUCGCGUGGAUUCUUUUGGAGGAUUCCGCAGUGCUACGCAAAAGCAAACGAAAUCCGCUAUACAACAGAUUUCUAAAGGUCUUGAGCACGAUAGUAUCGCAAUGCGAUCGUUGAUGUUGAUGGCUAUUGCAAAUUUCUUUUACUUACCGUUUGGUAUGUCCGGAUCCUUUGUUACUGAGCCUUUAAAUGUGGAGGGUUGUGUGGAGCUUAAGCUUGAUUCGGAGACCGUUUCUAUAUUGGUUCAUGCUGCUCAAGUCGAAAACAAUUGUGUAUGUAGCCUUUCAUAUGCCGUCGUUGGCGCGAUCGCACGUGCAGCAGAGCGAUUUUACGUAGUACAAAAGAAGAAAUUGUUUGAUGCUGAGAUUCGUACUCUUCCGAUAAAAAGUAUGUCAUCCAAGGCACUUCAAUGGCUGUGGUCUACAGAUCCAUCGAGUUUAAUUGAAUCUGAAAAUACGUCAAAAAUCCGUAAUGCGUCGUCGUUGUUACGCUGCCUGACAUCAACAGGCCAAGUACUUCCUUUGCUUGAUUUCACCUCUUUUGUCCAAAGCGUGAUGUUGAGGUUUUCUUCAGUUGAUGUAAGUGUUGCUUGUGUUGAAUUUGCUGCGACGCAAGCGAGUUGUGAUAAAUUGGUAGCAAAUGAGUUACUUUCGUUAAGAUGGUUUGGAAACGCGGAUGCAACGCUUCAAGCUGCUUUAAUCAUGGAUUUAUGGUGUCAUGACAUUUCAAGUAAACGCUGUGUUCUUCUUUUCGACAGUUGGACGGCUAUGCUACACAACAUUCUCAAACCCAACUCCUGUAUCCCAGAGAUGUCAAUGGAUAUGGCAAAACAAUUUAUUCUUGAUGAUAUUGUCAAUGAACUUCCAUUGGAGCCACAUGGUUCUCAUCUUAUCGAGCAAUUUACUUCUCGUGUGUUGUCUGAACUUGACUAUGGUGAGCGUGGCUUCGCUGACAUUUUCCUCUUGUCGACCAAGUCAGACAGUUUUCUGUGGAGUUGGUGGCAAAAAGGAGUUAUCUUUGUCAAUCUUGCCAAGUUAAAGCGCUUUACGAUAUCAAAACGUGAAGCAUCACUCGUUUUUCAGUGGAUCUUACGUCAUAGUUUUAACGAGUGGUCGAAUGAGACACUUGUCAAUGCAUUUUUAGAGCCACUUCUUGCUGAAAUGGGUGCACUGAUUGCUCAGAACACAAACCCGAAUGAGACCGUUUCCUCGCUUCUAGACGUGAUUGAUGCUUUCAGUCGUGACAUCUCUGCUUUCGAAUCAUCGGUUUACGCGGACGCUGUUAAAGAACGCGCGUUAUUUGGUAUCAUGGUGUAUGUUCUCAUUUGGAAUGUAUGUACAAUGCAUGAGCAGUAUCAACUGCUGCAGAAUUUGCAAUCGGAUGUUUUCAAAAUGCAUUUGAAAACCGAAUUACUGCCUUUCGGAGUGAUCAUGUACGCACAUGGCUCAAAAGCUGCAUCGGCUGUGGGUGAGAGACUGCUAGCCUUGCUAAACCAGCUAGUUCAUCUAUCCUCAGAUGAGUUAACAGAGUAUCUUUCUGCUUUGCACAAGUGUACUCGACAGAUGCAUGUAGCUGCAGAUAAAUGGUGUAUCUCCAGCACCUUAUCUGACACAAUCCGAAAGUUGUGGAGUCUUCGUGAAACAAACUCAUGGUCUUACUAA